AUGGAAGAGCUUAUUAGAGAUGAGAUUAGUAGUGUGCUUAUUAGAGAUGAGAUUAGGUCCGGUAAAAGUGAUAAAGAGAUACAUAAAAAGCUUGAAGAAUAUUUUGGGGAAACAGUUGUUGUUGCAGGGGCAGCUGCUGGGGUAUGGGCCUAUCAGAGGCACAGGCAGAAAACUAAUGUGCACAUCAUGGCUCUGAACCUUGUGAGAGGUGUUCCACUGACCCCCAAGGAAAAGGAAACAAUGCUAGAUCUCCUCACACCUCCCCCUCCACCUAGAAGGUGGUGGUGGGGUCAAUGA